UGCAGAGGCGGCAGUGAUGCUGUCGGGUACUCUGGCCGCCGCCGAGUGCGAGGACGCGGAGCUGCGGUGCCGCGUGGCUGUGGAGGAGCUGAGCCCGGGUGGGCAGCCGCGAAGGCGCAAGGCUCUCCGCACCGCGGAACUGAGCCUAGGUCGCAAUGAGCGCCGCGAGUUGAUGCUGCGCCUGCAGGCGCCCGGGUCCGCGGAGCGGCCUCGCUGCUUCCCCCUGCGCGCCGCGCGCCUCUUCACACGCUUUGCCGCCUCGGGGCGCAGCACACUGCGGCUCCCCGCCCACGGCUCUCCCGGGCUGGGAGCGGUGCAGCUGCUGCUCUCGGACUGCGCCCCGGACCGCCUUCGCCGCUUCCUCCGCACGCUGCGCCUCAAACUGGCUGCGGCCCCAGGCCCCGGGCCGUCCUCCGCCCGCAUGCAGCUGCUUGGACCACGGCCCCGUGACUUCUUCACCAUCAGCCCGGUGCAGCCCGAGGAGCUGCGGCGCGCAGCGGCCACCCGGGUCCCGGACACCACGCCGGUGAAGCAGCCCACAGAGUCCCAGGUGGGGGCCAAGCCCAACACUGAAGCGCCAAGAUGGCCCCUGCCUGUGAAGAGGCUGAACUUGCUCCCCACCAAACCACAGCUUUCUGAGGAACAGGCAGCAGUGCUGAGGGUCAUCCUGAAAGGCCAGAGCAUUUUCUUCACUGGAAGUGCAGGGACAGGGAAGUCUUAUCUGCUGAAGCGUAUCCUGGGGUCACUGCCUCCCACAGGCACUGUGGCCACUGCUAGCACUGGGGUGGCAGCCUGCCACAUAGGGGGUACCACCCUCCAUGCCUUUGCAGGCAUUGGCUCAGGUCGGGCUCCCCUGGCCCAGUGUGUGGCCCUCGCCCAGCGGCCAGGUGUGCGGCAGGGCUGGCUGAACUGCCAGCGGCUGGUCAUUGACGAGAUCUCCAUGGUGGAAGCGGACUUUUUUGACAAGCUAGAGGCUGUUGCCAGAGCUAUCCGGCAGCAGAAUAAGCCAUUUGGAGGGAUCCAGCUCAUCAUCUGUGGGGACUUCCUGCAGCUGCCACCUGUAACCAAGGGCUUCCAGCCCCCACAGUUCUGCUUCCAGGCCAAGAGCUGGAGGAGGUGUGUCCCAGUGACCCUGGAGCUGACCAAGGUGUGGAGGCAGGCAGACCAGACCUUUAUCUCUCUGCUGCAGGCUGUGAGACUGGGCAGGUGCUCAGAUGAAGUGACCCGCCAGCUCCAGGCUACGGCCACCCACAAGGUGGGGCGAGAUGGGAUUGUGGCCACAAGGCUCUGCACCCACCAGGAUGAUGUGGCCCUUACCAAUGAGAGGCGACUCCAGGACCUGCCAGGUGAGGUACACAGCUUUGAGGCCAUGGACAGUGACCCUGAGCAAGCCAGGACUCUGGAUGUCCAAUGUCCUGUUAGCAGGCUCCUUCAGCUAAAGCUGGGGGCCCAGGUGAUGCUGGUGAAGAACUUGGCGGUGUCCCGGGGCCUGGUGAAUGGCGCCCGAGGGGUGGUAGUCGGGUUUGAGACUGAGGGCAGAGGGCUUCCCCAGGUACGGUUCCUGUGUGGAGUCACCGAGGUCAUCCGUGCUGACCGCUGGACAGUGCAGACCACCGGGGGCCAGCUCCUCAGCCGGCAGCAACUACCCCUCCAGCUGGCCUGGGCACUGUCCAUCCACAAGAGCCAGGGCAUGUCCCUGGAUUGUGUGGAGAUCUCUCUGGGCCGUGUGUUUGCCAGCGGCCAGGCCUACGUGGCCCUUUCCCGGGCCCGCAGCCUGCAGGGCCUGCGUGUGCUGGACUUCGAUCCCAUGGUAGUUCGCUGUGACCCCCGUGUGCUGCGUUUCUAUGCCACCCUGCGGCGGGACAGUGGCCUUGACCUGGAGUCCCCAGAUGAUGACGAGGCAGCCUCAGACCAGGAGAAUGUGGACCCAAACCUUUGAGCCACAAAGAGAAGACCAAGGAUGGUCUCCCCCUCUUCCUGCUUCCUAGUGGGCCAGGACCCCAGAGAGAGCACAGGAGGCUGGCGGGUGCCUGCUCGCCCUUCAUUAGGCCCCCUUAGCCUCCUGGCAGGCGUCCAGGCACAGUGCUUCCCACCCAUUCGCCAGCUGUGCCUCAGUUUCUCCCCUUGCCCUGAGUGACAGGCUUCCAGGGUCAGGAGUAACCCUUUCUGUGCCACUUGGGGAAGGGCCUGUGGUGGUACCUGGUGUUAGAGGACAGAGCGAUCUGCAAGGGCUGGCCACGGGACCACAGUCAUGAGUGCCACCCCCUUUGGGCCGCCGAGGAAGAGGUGUUCCAGGAGCAGGAAUAGGCCGCAUGGACCCCGUGGGACUCCGGUCGAGUGAAGGCCCCACAUCGAGGAGGGAACCUGAGGUAACUUCACAGCUAGGCCCAGCCCAGCACAGCCAGGACAAACGCCCUUCUGAGCCUGACGUGAGAACACGCACAGCAAACUGUGCGCCUGGAUCUUAAGCUGCUUUUUUGGGGAAGAAAUCGUGUGUGGGGAUUGUAUUUAUUUAGGACAAAUAGACCUGUGAAUUG